AUUGAAUUCAAUUUUCGAAACUUCAAGGUCUGAAAGCGCUUUUAACCUGCGCACUCUGUCUCUGCUUAUCGUGCGCACACCUUUUUCGGAUUCGGAGCUCAGAUCUCGAAGCUCGCUGCGAAUCGCAACACUGAUUCCAGCAACAGUGAGCUCUUCGUGUUUCUGUACUAUCGUUUCUCCGAUUUCCAGAGGAGUAUUCUUUAGGCAAAGAAUCAUGAGCUGCUUCGGUUGUUGUGACGAUGAUGAUUUUCACAAAGCUGCUGACACUGGGGGUCAAUAUGCGGUGAAAAGUUCAGCAGGAAAUGAUGGAGGUUAUCAUGCAUCAGAAACCGCACCUAAGGGUGCACAAGCUGUGAAAGUUCAGCCCAUUGAAGUUCCUGCUAUACUAGUGGACGAACUAAAGGAAGUUACAGAAAACUUUGGGACAAAUGCUUUGAUUGGAGAGGGAUCAUAUGGAAGGGUAUAUUAUGGGAUUCUUAAAAGUGGGCAGGCUGCAGCCAUCAAGAAGUUAGAUGCCAGCAAACAACCUGACGAUGAAUUUUUAGCCCAGGUUUCUAUGGUAUCAAGGCUGAAGCAUGACAAUUUUGUUCAAUUACUUGGUUACUGUAUUGAUGGAAAUUCCCGUAUUCUGGCCUAUGAGUUUGCGUCUAAUGGAUCCCUUCAUGAUAUUCUACACGGGAGGAAGGGAGUUAAAGGAGCACAACCUGGUCCUGUUCUUUCAUGGGCACAACGAGUAAAAAUUGCUGUAGGGGCUGCAAAAGGGCUUGAGUACUUGCAUGAAAUGGCUAGUCCUCACAUCAUCCAUCGUGACAUCAAGUCCAGCAAUGUACUAAUCUUUGAUGAUGAUGUUGCUAAGAUUGCAGACUUUGAUUUAUCAAAUCAAGCUCCUGAUAUGGCUGCGCGUCUUCAUUCCACUCGUGUUCUUGGAACCUUUGGUUAUCAUGCACCUGAAUAUGCAAUGACUGGACAGUUGAAUGCCAAGAGUGAUGUGUACAGCUUUGGUGUUGUCCUGCUUGAACUUCUGACAGGGCGAAAACCUGUUGAUCAUACAUUACCACGUGGACAGCAGAGUUUAGUUACAUGGGCUACCCCAAAACUUAGUGAAGACAAGGUUAGGCAGUGUGUUGAUACAAGACUAAAUUCAGAAUACCCACCUAAGGCCGUUGCAAAGAUGGCUGCUGUUGCUGCCUUGUGUGUGCAAUAUGAAGCUGACUUCCGCCCAAACAUGAGCAUUGUAGUUAAAGCCCUACAGCCGCUGUUACAUGCCCGGCCUGGACCUGCCGGUGAAGCACAUAACUAGUGCUUCUGUCUCUCUCUGCCUGUGAGUGUGCGCCUGUGUGCACGCAUGUGAGCAUGCAUAUAUAUAACAAAAGGAUUGUUUCAGAGAGUGGUGGUAAACUGUUUGAUCAAGGUUCCAUGUGCUUCCGUUAUUUACACACUGUUUAUUUGUUCAUAGUUUGUGGGGCUGCUUUUUUCUCGUCUGGAAUUAUCCUAAUUUUUUUUUUCCCUUCCCCCAAAAAUGGUUGCCAUCUUUAAACUGAUGUGUAGCUUACCCCUGUUUGUGAUCCCCCCCUUCCCCAUAAUAGUGGGGUCCCUAAAAGUGUACCCAAGUAGUUUUCGCUCUAGAACAAAGCAAGAGGAAAAGGAAAAAACCUAGAUGCACUCUAGCAAAACAUUGUAGUAUUGUACCUCAAGUCGGCUUGGGUGAGACAUUGUGCAUCUCCAUUAAUUGGCAUAUACUUCAGAAAUGAAAUGUUAUAAAUAUUCUUUUUUUU